AUGCAAGAGAGGAAGAUGUUUGCCAAGGCAGCUGCUCACGCAUCUGUUCCUGGCGUAAAAUACCCUGUUCAGUUGGAUUUAUCAGAGGUUAAAUUUAUCCAAUUUAAAACCGCACUCUAUAAAUUACAGGAAAUAUUAAGGCUUCUAAAUCUACUAGAGAAAAACUUGAAGAAAAGUAAGGAUGAUAAUGAUAAUUCUAAGACUAUACCGCUUAUGAACUAUAUUCUAUUGCUAUGUGAAGGUCCCAUCUUCAAUGUUCAUCCUUUAAUAAGGAAAAGAUUUAAUCUACUUCUUGAAUUCAAGACUGUUAAACUAACUGAAGUAGAUCCUCUACUAUCUACAGAUACUAUCAGUUUGGAUUAUAAUUUCCCAGUUAUUACGAGUGACAAUUACAGUUAUGUGAAAGGACAUAUAUACAAUGAAGAUUUGCAAUGGAAGUUGCUAAGUUCAUUGAAAGUAAUAUCUCAAAACUCUCUGACUAUUUAUAAUAGAAAACUGAGACAACUUCAAUUGGAAAAAUCGAGUAUUAUGAGGAAAUACGAAGCUAGUGGGAUUAAAAAUGGUUUUCAAGUCCACAACUUCAAGAUUAAUUGCAUAGAAGAUUUAUUAAGGCCCAACGAAAUGUCUCUAGCUUUAGAAUUAGCUGUCUUAAUAAAAGAUAUAGAAAGGGAUACCACUGACAAAUCGUUUCUCAAACUUCAAUAUCAAGUACUGCAUAAAUUUAUCUCAAUAACUAAUAAUAAGGUACUUCCUGUCUUUAAGACAUUCUAUAACCAACUGCAAAAAUAUUCUACCAAAUCGAAUAGUUCCAAAAGCAAUAAUAGCCUUAAAGAUUUUUUCCCUAAUAAUUCUGACUUCAUUAUAAACAGAAUCUACACAUUUCUACUUAGAAUGUAUCAUUUGCUAAAUAUUAUGAUCAGUUUUUCCAGACAAAUAUAUCUACCAUCAAGAACGUUCUUUUACUACGAUACCACAAAAUUGAGAGCCAAAAAUGUUUAUGAGUAUGAACAGGUCUUAGUAGAUUUAGAUAAAUUUUGUUUAAUUGAUUCUGAAGAUCCUGACCAAGAUUUUUCUAUACGUGACAUCAAACAUCUUUUAGAGAAGUAUUCAAGUACGGGCAUUACCUUCCAAGCUAAUAUAAAUGCUGGGAAUAGUAAUAGUCCUAAUACAGUUAUAUCAUUACACCAAGAAUCUGUCUUGAAGUUUACUGGGACUUUUAAGAGCUACCUAAAGAUUAUAAGUAGAUGGUGCGUCACGUGGAAAUUUAUUAAUGAGAACACAAGUAUUAGCAAAUUGGAAAGGCAAACUACUUCACAGCUUGAGAAAGUGCUAGAUGAGAGAAGAAUUGUCGACAAAUUAUCAUAUCUAGAGAAACAAGAUAAAAUGAAGAGAACUGAUUCCUUAACUAUUGGCUCCACAGAUUCGUUUCUUUCUCCUUCACUUGACUCUGCUUUAUCGACUGCUCCAUCAACACCUCCUUCUGGCAACUUAACAUCAGAUGAAUUAAGUAGGAAAUCAUCAAAGGAAACGAGUUACAUAUUCAAUAUGAAUUCACCUUCAAUGCUGUCUCCAAGGAAACUGAGUAGGAAUCCAUCCAUAAACACAUCUUCAUCUAUUAAUACCUCCAAAACGACAAUAGUGAAUAGAACCAUAACGACAGGAUCGUCUGGUGCUUCCCCCAAGAUAUCUCCGCAAGUUUCAAGAAAUGGGUCACUUAUUGAACGCCAAUCAGGCGCGCCUAAGCGUAUACGUGGCAGGCCAAGAUCUAGUUCGCUGCAGUCAUCAUUUGCCAAUCAAAACAAAAUAUCGACAGUAAGGACCAAGACAAAUGCUGUUUCUUAUCCUCGUUCGAAUUCGCUAGAAGUAGAUGCAACAUUGAACCAAAGAAUUGUGCAGCAAACUGUGCGACUACUUGUGAAUAAUAAGCCAAUUGAAGAAAAGAAGAAUCAGGAAAUUCCAAGUUUAAAACAAGAACCUGAAAAUGAAAGAAUCAAUAAUAACAAAGCAAGAUCACCUUUAUCAAAUAAAACACAUAAAGCAAAGACAUGUGACGCCCUUAAAUCACCUAUAUCAAAUGGUACAAGAAUUGGUAAUAGUUCACUGUCAGUACAGAUAUUAGCGGGAGAAAAACAUUCCAGUAAUCCUUCACCAGUAAAGAAAAAAGCUGAUGAGGAUAUACAUGAUCGUGCUGUGAACAAUUUGGUUCAGAUCGAAGAAGAUAUUUUGACUUCUUCACAUGCUGAAAAAUUGAUUUUCGCUGAUUUUGAAAGUGAAGAAGGUGAACUUCAAACAAUUUCCACCAGUGAUACGGUCAAAAAAGUUAGGUUUACUGGUGUACCUCCCAUGACAGAUGCAGAAAAUCCGAAACCCAAGAGAAAAGGAUGGUACAAAAAGCCCGCAGUAUUACACUAUCCACCAAUUCCUCCUCAAAUCUCCUUGAUUAAGAACAGGAUUACUCAAGAAGGUAUUGCGUUUAGGACUAGUUUGAGAGAUGACUAUAAGAACUACAAUGAUCAAGUCAAAGAAAAGAAAACGCGGAACUUUUCCGCUGAUAAGAAUCUUGAGAAUGAAAGUUCUAAUGAAAAGAGGACCUCAAUGCUUUUUAACCUAGAUGGGGGUCUAAAUCCGUUCAAGGAAUCUACAAGCCAGCGUAUCGCUUCUAAGAUACGUGAUAAGUUAAGGUCAUAG